UCUCAGUUCACAUCAUUGCCCACUCACUUCCUCCAAACGUCAAAACACAUCAGCCAAGCCAUGGCUGCAGCCAACACCAUCCUCGCAUUCUCAUCUCCUUCUCGUCUUCUCAUUCCUUCUUCCUCCACUCCCUCUCCUUCUUCUUCUUCUUCGACUCUUCGUUCCUCUUUCCGUGGCGUCUCUCUCAACAACCUUCACCGUCGUCCCCAAUCCGUUUCCUUCUCCGCCAGAGCUCCUUCGAAAUCGUUGACAGUUGUUUCCGCCGCGAAGAAGGCUGUUGCUGUUCUUAAGGGUAACUCCGAUGUCGAAGGAGUUGUUACUCUGACCCAAGAUGACUCAGGUCCUACAACUGUGAAUGUUCGUAUCACUGGUCUCACUCCAGGGCCUCAUGGAUUUCACCUUCAUGAGUUUGGUGAUACAACAAAUGGUUGCAUCUCAACAGGACCACAUUUCAACCCUAACAACAUGACACACGGAGCUCCUGAAGAUGAGUGCCGUCAUGCGGGUGACCUGGGAAACAUAAAUGCUAACGCCGAUGGCGUGGCAGAAACAACAAUUGUGGACAAUCAGAUUCCUCUGACUGGUCCUAACUCUGUUGUUGGAAGAGCCUUUGUGGUUCACGAGCUUAAGGAUGACCUUGGAAAGGGUGGACAUGAGCUUAGUCUGACCACAGGAAACGCAGGCGGAAGAUUGGCAUGCGGAGUGAUUGGCUUAACGCCGCUCUAAGUUCUGAGCUAAGUAAGUACUCUUAUGUCUACUGUGUUUGGUCUUGUCUGUUGAAUAAGAAGAUGUCAGAUCAUAGCAAAUAAUGUAUGGCUGAAUAAACUUUUGAUGGUUGAUGUUCAUUGCAUCAAUUUCUCUUUUCGGAUUUGUGACAGUGAUAUGUUACUUUUGUUAUAAAUCUUCGUUUGACCGAUUUUAGUAUAUUGUUUUAGUGGUUUGAUUCA